CCAAACAGGCCUGUCUUGAAACAGGAGAGCUUUGUAUCGGUGAUCGACAAACAUCAUAAUAUUCACUAUUCUAUUCUUAUCGACGAGCAUUGUACUGUAUAUCCCCUUGAGUCGACAUGCCUGCGGACGCUUUCGGCCAGUACGUCGAUAUUAAAAUCGAAGAUGGCAUGAAGUUUGAUCUGCGCAUCGAGAAUGCCCACCUGGACAGCGGACAAUUCUAUCGGCAGGGUGAUCAAAGUGAUAUCAUGACAGCCGACGAUGUGGAUGAUAUGAUCAUCCGUCACAACGGCGGGAUCAGAGAAGUCUGUUCAUGUGGUGAAACCGACUCUAUGUCGGGAACCCAGGGAACAUUCGAUCUCAUCGAUGAUGUGAAGGACACCCGGAUCUGCACACUGGCAUGGAGCGCUCCGAUGCAGUCGGGAAGACAGAAUAGAUUCUCGAUGCUCAAUCAUGACCCGAGAUAUAAAGUUAAUAUCGGGGAUUGGGAAAGGUCCGGUACUAUGGGCACAGUCUCAGUUACCAUUAAAGAUGAGUGAGUCUUAACCGUAACAUGUCAGUCGAUACUCGGACAAGCCCAGUCGUUUCCUCAUUUGACCCCGAAUGCAUGAUAAGAGGGGAGGGAAAAUA